CCUCCAUCCCACACCAACGGGCAUCAACAACCUCAACCGAACACUCAACAGCAACAGCAACAAUGGGCGCCAGCGACUCCAAACCCUCUUCCUCUCCAUCGCCAUCACCAUCACCAUCACCACUAUCCCACCCCUCCUCAACCACCACCCCCGCAUCCCCCGACCCACCCAAACCGAAAUGCAAGCCCUGUUGCGCAUGCCCCGACACCCGCAAACUGCGCGACGAGUGCGUGUUUGCGAACGGCGAGGAGAACUGUGUGGAGCUGAUCAAGGCGCACCAGGACUGUAUGCGCGCCCAGGGAUUCAAUAUUUGAACGGGGCCGGGAGACUUAGGCGACGGAGGGGCCGGGAGGUUCGUUCGGUCCUGGCAGCGAGAGAUGGGUUCCCAUAGUGUGGAUGGUGGGGCAUACCGGCAUAGUGUAAUUUAUUGGGAUUGUAUGUAUGUGCAUCCAGACUCACCGCCGACUCGCCCGGACGCACCCGGCGUGCACAAUCAUAUCUGCAAUCCCCCUUCCACAUACGAUACCUAGAUUAGAGUGCUUACCGGCGAAACGUCUUCACUACAUAAAGCCGUAAUCUUCCCCAAGUACCGCAAUACACUUUGUGCUGAGCGUGUGGUAACCCAAAAAUGACUCCAUCUGGCAAGCGGAG